GUUUAGUGGUCUACUACACGUCAUUGUAUUCGCUUGGUUUCACUGAGGAGGUGCUCCCAGUCCAGUAUAACUAAAAACGUCUUAGCGUCCAGACUACUAGAACUCUUCUUCAAAAGGUAUUCGAAAAUGUGGCACUGAGCGUGUGUCGGUGGUGCCUGCGAGCUGAUGUGGCUGUGAAUUGUACUUGAGAACCCUUGCUGACGUGGAGUGCAUCAGUGUGAAGAAAACAGUAAUUUAGAGGGUUCUCUUCUUACAGUGGACUUAAGGCACGGUGACGCUUGUGUGUAGUGCUGCGUCAGGGGACGAACACGUCAGCAUGUCAGCAAGGAAUGUUCGUAACUUGUGGGUGGCGGUGACGGUGGUGAUGACGGCGGGUGUGGCGGUGGCACAGCCCAACAUAGCCGGCAAGAGCGACGGUGAUCGACUGCAGGCCGUCCAAGAGGAAUUCCUAAAUAUAGUAGGCAAUGUAACAAGUUCUGUCAAAGACGUAGAAGAGCUAAUGACGAUGCUGCACUCCCGGCAGGGAAGGCAAAUGGGACGCCUACUGCUGGAGGGAGUCAUGCUGGGCGCGGCUCACAAAGAUUCCGGGGCCCUCCUCGCCGAGUUUUGGACGCAGCUUCAUGGAAAACUAUCCCCAGAAUUCCAAGACAAGAUGAAAGACUACACAGACUUCUUUUCUUCGUUUGAAAUUGGUGCCCUUCCAUAUUUCUUAGAGCAAAUGUUCAAGAAAGAUGAAACCGGAAAAAGCAUGGCAGACAUACCCAUGGGUCAGCUGGUGGACAUGGUGCAACCCACCGCAUCGAAGUACGGUGUGGAUCUUCGGGCGUUUAUUAAUUCGAUGUUGGGAAAGGGAAAUAACAACGCCAAGGAUCUUAUCUUUGCCGCCUUGGAUAACCUGAAUAUAACGACGCUGUUCCAACUGUUUAAUCCACCGACAGGCAACGAGGUGCGGACGACGGAUUCUGAACUAGAGCCAACGGACACCAAACCAAAAGGCGGAGAAAAUUUCAAGAAGGGGAGGAGAGACUCGAACCUUCGGCUGUUCAGGCCUCUAGUUGCAUCACUGUUGCGCGAAAACAAGAUUGACUUAGACGCUGACGCGGUGCUGCAGGUGUUGGCUCCCUUGUUGAGCGGAGACCUAAUGUCUCAAAUUGCCCCUCUGUUGGCUGCUUUUGGAUCACAGGCAGGUGACGGCCUCGGCCCCGUUCUUCUUAAUCUGCUGGGAGGCGAAAAAGGAAUGGGCAAGCAUGCACAGCCAGGGGGGCUUCUCGGUGUGAUGGGCACUCUGCUUGCGAGGGGUAACAAUAAUAAUAAUAAUGUGGACCUUGAGGGUAUGUUAACCAUGGCAUCGAUGUUUAUAAACAUGAACAAUCAACAAGGCGAGAGAAAAGCUCGCCCAUCUAAGCCAAAGGAACCGGAGAUGGGAGGACUGGCAGACCUGGCAGGGGUACUUUUGGAGAACAAGGAUGUUAAUAAUCUCCUUAGGCAAGCAAAUAAUUUCCUUGCAUCGAACAGCGGUAAAAAUGUUCCAUCAAGAAAAAGUAAAGAGUCCGAUGUUCCAAAACCAAGAGAACAAAAGCCUGAGAAGUCAGCAGCACAUGACAAACCGAAGCAGCUCACUGACCUGAUCGAGCCCAUCCUGCGGGCCAUGUCAACAGACAAGCAGGGCGCCAGGAAGGUCAAAGAUUUGAUACUCUUUGGCAACGCUUUCCUCGCCAGGAAUGCGAACAUUGGAGGUUUCGUUCAACAAAUUUCAGCAUUCCUAUCCAUGUACAGUAUGGAUGCUGCGAAAGAGAAGAAGUUCCAAGAGUUGCAGAAGUUACUGGCAAACCAUAACCUGGAAAGUGUGCAGUGGGCGCGAGUGUUUGAGUCUUUGCAUGCAGAGGAAACACGGUCGACUCUUAUUAAGACAAUGACGCCAACCUUGUCGGAGUUCGUGCUUCAGCUGGGUUCGAAGGAGGCGCAACAAAAUAUAUACAAGGUGGCAGAGCACAAGGUACAGGCAGUGCUCGCCUCCUACGGUCUGAAGGGCGUCACAUUGAAGAGCUUCCCUGAUCGGCUGGCGCCCCUGGUCAAGCAGAUGACCGCUGCCUGGAGGCUGCCGAUCAACCCCGCCACGCAGCUCCAACAUCUGAGGGACUACUUACAACUACUUCUUGAGUGGGUCUCGGAGGGGAUGGCCGACAUGAAGAGCUUACCUUCAAGGGAGGACGUUCAUAAAGUCGUGAGAACUUCGCUGACGACAGUGGGCGACAGGGUUGCGGGCGUUCAUGACGCUGUGCGAGGGGCCAGUCCUCAGUGCCUGCCUCUGGUCAUCUGCCGCCUCAACGCCGGCCUCGACCCCUCCUCUCUGCCCGCCGCCGCCACGCGAGCUGCCAGUCUGGUGUUCGCCACGAGCCCCGUCCUGGAGGAGGACGACCCUAGCCUGCUGCUGCGAGUCGUCCAGGCCGCGUCAGGGAAGGUGGAGAACUGCAAGGAGACACUCGGUGGAGAGUGCCCCCACGACAUGGAGGAGGACGAUGAUCAGUACCAGUCUUAUGAACACAUGGAGCUGUAGGGAUGCAAGGGGCUCAUGGUGCUGGCCACAGAAUACAAAAAAACCCUUUACGUUCCUGGCAAUACCUUCUGACUUGUGAAGAUGUUGUUGUGCAGCUGUUUCCUCACACACACACACACACACACACACUAGUUACUUGAAAUUGUGGCAUUAUUUAAACUCCCAUUUAUUUUUAAGCAUCCAUCCACUUAACAUAGAUAGUGCUGUCUCAUAGCAUGGUACUUGUACAAAGCUUACAUUUCUUGAUCAUGUCCUGUCUCAUGUCUCUGCCCUUUGUUAACUCAUGAAUUCAUGUCUCAAAUGUAUUAUUAAAGCACCAAAUUUCUUCU